AUAUAUCUUCACUCCAACGUCGACGCGAAAUCAACACCCUUCUCCCCGAAAGCAAGAGCUCGGGCUGGCCACGAGUUCUACUGCAAAGAUAGAGCCGAUUAGCAUCCAGCACCACGAAGCAGGCAGAGAAUCAAAGCCAUGAACAUGAAGAAGACAAUCGUCCUGUACCCCGGCGUCUUCGUCAGCCACUUCGUCCCCAUGAUGCAGCUCGCCGACGUCCUCCUCGAGGAGGGCUACGCCGUCACGGCGGCGCUCAUCGACCUCACCCUGGACCACGACGACGCCCUGGCAGCCGCCGUCGACCGCGUCGCCGCCGCCAAGCCGUCGUUGGCCAUCCACAGGCUCCCCCGCAUCCAGAACCCUCCCGCCGUCGCAGACUACGGCGAACCGCUCCUCUGGUACUUCGACAUCAUCAGGCGCUACAACGAACGCCUCCGCGAGUUCAUCUCCUCCCUGCCUCCUCGGAGCGUCCAUGCCGUGGUCAUCGACUCGCCUUCUGCCGAUGCGCUCGACGUCGCCAGGGAGCUCGGGGUCCCGGCCUACACCUUCUACGGCGUCAACGCAUCCACGGUCGCCGUGUUCCUCCAGCUCCCCUGGUUCCGCGCGGAAGGCCAGCCCAGCUUCAAGGAGCUCGGAGACGCCCCUCUCGAGUUCCACGGCGUCCCUCCCAUGCCGGCGUCGUACCUAUUGCGCGAAACGCUCCUGGACCCGGAGACCGAGAUAUACAAGCAGAUGAUGAACUUGAUGCGCCGGAACACGGAGCCCGAUGGCAUCCUGGUGAACACGUUCGCGUCGCUGGAACCUCGGGCUACGGGGGCUCUCCGGGACCCGCGGAUUCUUCUUCCCGGCGGAGAGUGCAGGGUGCCUCCGGUGUACUGCGUCGGGCCACUGGUCGCCUCUGGCGCCGCCGGCGCCGAGGCAGAAGACAAGCACGAGUGCCUCGCGUGGCUCGACGCGCAGCCAGAGCGCAGCGUCGUGUUCCUCUGUUUCGGGAGCACCGGCGCCGCCACCCACUCGGAGGAGCAGCUCAGGGAGAUCGCCGCCGGCCUGCGGAACUCCGGCCACCGUUUCCUCUGGGUGGUGCGCGCCCCUGUGAGCGGCGACACGCCGAGGCUGUUCGAGUCCGGCGCCGACGCGGACCUCGAGGCCCUCCUUCCCGACGGGUUCCUGGAGAGCACCAAGGGCCGGGGCCUCGUCGUCAAGCACUGGGCGCCGCAGGUGGAGGUGCUCCGCCACCGGGCGACGGGCGCGUUCUUGACGCACUGCGGGUGGAACUCGGUGCUGGAGGGGAUCACCGCCGGCGUGCCGAUGCUCUGCUGGCCGAUGUACGCGGAGCAGAGGAUGAACAAGGUGUUCAUGGUGGAGGAGGGCAGGGUCGGCGUGGAGAUGGCUGGGUGGGAGCAGGGAAUGGUCACGGCUGGGGAGGUGGAGGCCAAGGUCAGGCUGGUGAUGGAGUCCGAGGAAGGGGAGCGGCUCAGGGCGCGAGUGGCGGCGCACAGGGAUGCCGCGGCCGUCGCCUGCAAGGCCGGCGGCUCGUCGCGCGCGGCGUUUGGCCAGUUCUUGUCGGACGGGAGAAGACGUGCUUCACGCAUCGCUGACUCCAUUGUGAUGCAUAAUUGAGAUGAAAUUGAAACGCUUUUGCCUGUACGCUGUGGUAGCUUAUUAUAGAUUGUUAUUGAAUGAACAUUGCGAUACAACAUGUUAUG